AUGGUAAGCAUUCCCAUCAGAAGACCGUGGGAACUUACAAGGAAAGACGCUACGAUCGGAACACGUUUGUUCCCCUACCACUAUCUACCAUCUCGUACAUACUGGUUCAAACCCCCUGAACCAAGAAGACCCAUUCAUCAAGGACAACCUGCUCCAAUGAUCGCCUUUUCCCCCGUCUGCGCUCACAAAUGCAGUCGAUACUUCUCGCCGCAGGCGGCAGGCUUGUACGAGGAUCUACCCUCAGAGGAUCGGAUGUCCUGGUUGCUCUCAGCGCCUGUGAAAUUUCGACGUCGCGUGUCUGCCAUGUCUUCCGAUUUUUCUAUCUGCGGUCGCGCGGUCGAUCGUAUUAUUUCUUCGUCGUUUCAAUCGCUUUCGUCUGCGAGUCUGACCAUCUUUCACUUUGAAUAUAGUGAAGCCGAGAAGCAACGAGACUGGCCCCAUGAAACAAGCAUAUGA